AUAUUUUGCAGUUUAUAUGAGAAAUCAUAAAAUUUUUAGCAAAACUAGACAUAUAAUAGUGAAAAAGAAUCAAUAACACUGCCUAAUAUACAAUACACAAUUCAACAAAAUGGUGAAGCUAACGCCGGAACUCAUCAAUCAAUCAAUGCAGUUUAUAAAUCCCUGCAGGGAGCGGGAAUUGGAUUUGCGCGGCUAUAAAAUACCACAAAUCGAAAAUUUGGGUGCCACACUAGAUCAAUUCGAUACAAUAGACCUGUCCGAUAACGAUCUGCGGAAAUUAGAUGGUAUUCCGUAUUUGCCGCGGCUGAAAUGCUUACUUCUCAAUAACAAUCGCAUCCUGCGCAUUGGUGACGGUUUGCAAGAGGCAGUACCGAAUUUGAGUUCAAUUAUUUUGACUGGUAACAAUUUGCAGGACUUGAGUGAUUUGGAGCCACUUGUGUCACUACCUCGUCUUGAAACACUCUGUUUACUUGUAAAUCCAGUUUCAACAAAACCCUAUUACCGCGAAUAUAUGGCUUUUAAGUUUCCCCAGCUGCGUUUGCUCGACUUCAGGAAGAUAAAAAGAAAAGAUCGCACUGAAGCUCAAGAAUAUUUCCGCACAAAACAAGGCAAAGAAAUGUUGAAAGAAGUGGCAAAGAAAUCGAAACUUAAUGCAUCCGCGGCUGCGGCGGAAGCGGGAGGUAAAGUGUCUGCUGGUAAUACAACGCGUAUGGCUAAUCCAGAAGAUCUGCAACGCAUCCGAGAUGCAAUUAAGAGAGCAAAUUCGCUACAAGAAGUUGAGCGGCUUUCACGUAUACUGCAAAGUGGUCAACUACCUGAAAACUUUGAGCUCGAAUUAAGUCAGAAUGGCACGACACCAAAUGGCAAUGUGACUGGUGGUAGUGGAAUGGAAGCUAUGGACUAUUAGUGAAAAUCGUUUCUAGGAUAGUUGGUAUGAAAUAAAAUUUCGAGUGAAAAUUUGUGAAGUUUUGUAAUAAAUACCUAAAUAGUAAAAAAGAUACACAACUUUUGAAUUAACGCAAUGUAAACCAUGGUGGAAUUAUACCAUGAUGUAAACUAUAUCGUUUAUUUUUUCAUAGAAAAAGUUUAAACACAUAUGGAUAGUAUUCCUUGUUGGUGGCAUACAAUAACAAAAUGCUCGAAAAUGCCAGAACAUGUCUGUUGAUUGGAACAAAUCUUAAUAUAGCAUUAAGGCUACGCUUAGUAAUUAGACUAAUUCAUUAACUAAUAGUUGUCAAAACCAUUACAACAGCGUGCGAAAGCUAUUCAAUUU